CUUAAUUUUAUAAAUGGACCUAUAUUAUACUAAAGAGAGAUCUAAUUGGAAUUAGUGUGAGUUGUCAGCGAUCGAUACCGAUUCUAGUGAUAAAGAGGAUAACACUUUUGAAAUAGAGUAAAAUAAUUGUUUAAAAAAAUUAAGUGUCAAGCCAUAAAAAAAACACUUCAUAACAAUACAAGAAAAAAAGCAAUAUAUAGAAGAGUAUACAAAAAAGAAAAAAACUGAAUUAUGCAAGAAUUUUGUAAUGACUGGGAAAUGCAAAUUUGGGGAUGAAGUAUUCUUUUAUUAAAUUUAAAGUGCUCAUUUGCACAUGGAAAUAUUGAAUUAUAACCAAAAACACACUUGCAUUCUAAAUAUAAAACUAAACCCUGCAAGAGAUUUUUCUAAUAAGGCUAUUGUCCUUAUGGUAUUAGAUGUUAAUAUAUUCAUGGCGAAUUAAUAAAUAAUACUGAUUUUGAUGGAUUUUUAUAAAAUUCUUAUAAAGAACUUGGUCUUAAAGCUCCAAUUUCAUCAAGUAUUAAUUUAAAAAUUAUUUAUAGAAUUUUUAAAAACUGAACAAAGAAAUGAUAUUCAAAGAUUUAUCAUAACAAUGAAUAAUAAAAACAUUGAUCAAGAAUUAUUCAUCUAUAAUAAAUCUAGAUUAUCAUUUUUUAAAUAAAUUACAGAUCCUUAAUUUAAUUUCUUGUCAGAUGAUUCUCAAAAAAAGGUUUGA